AUGUCCAAAAACGACAGUGACGAUAACGAAAAACUCUUUCCCGACAUAUCUGUUGUUGGCACUUUUUUUGCGUCAACGUUGGGUUCUUUUUUCAAAAAAACGUCCACUGCUGUUUCCAAUUUUUUUGUCGACAAAGUGACAUUUGAUGGUAAUGAUGAUGAUUCGAGUUUAAUUUGUCAUUAUCUUUUAAAUUGUGACUACAACAAAGUGCAACAGAUUUGUUGCUUUGGUAUUCCACGAAAAGUCCGAGGGUUUGUAUGGUAUGCCCUUCUUUUGAAACCCGAAGACGCAAAUGAUAUCAGAAAUCUGCACAACCCAAUUCAACACAAGAGGUAUUGGCAGAAUGUCACAGACAACACCAUUGAAACGACUGAUAAACUAAAUGCGGAAGAUGCUGAGGUAAUAGAUUGGGAUGUAGCACGGACGUAUCCAAUAGGGUAUGAUCGACUAUUUCAACUUGAUGUGUUACGAACAAUGCUAAGAAGAAUCCUCCGAAUGUUUUUGUAUUUUCAUCCACAUGGGUAUUUCCAAGGACUGAAUGACAUUGUUUCUAUUGCAAUAAUAGUCUUACUUGAUAUGUACACUAAACAGCAACUGACUGAAGAGAAAAUCAUUGAAAUUCCACUGCAAAAGAUGAAGCAAAUAGAGUCUUCAUCUUAUGCAUUUCUUGAGGCCAUUGAUGUACAACUCUCUGUGAACAUCCAUUCCGAACUCAAAGAGAUCCACGCAGUAGGCUUAAUGGAAGACUUCAUCACAACUUUAAAGAAAAUGAAUUCCCGCGCAUUAGAAUUGGAAGAACAAAUAUUAAAACAACAGACUUGGAGGUGGUUUGUCUGUGUGUUCAGUCGCGAGUUCAAAGUCGAGCAAGUGAUAAUGAUAUGGGAUAGACUUGUGUCCGACCCACGAGCUAACGGAUUUCGGCAAGGUAUAGUAUGUAUGGCUGCUGCUAUAAUAGAGAGUGUCUUGAUGGGUAUAAACGACUUAAAAGACAUCGAACAGAUCAACUCGAUUAACAGGAAUUACUGGAAGAACAUCGACGACAUUGCCUUUUCAAAAAUACUGAACAAGGCUAUUGAAAUUCGUGUGAAUCUCUUCCAACGCAAACCACAGAGGAGCAUCUUGUGA